CUAGUCGAAUUCCUCAUGAACAGGCCUGAGUUUGAAAGCAGGAUGCGGCGAUACCGAACACCCGCGCUUGAUGGCAGAGCAGACGCAAUUGAUGACGGUGUUUCGAUCACGUACGUCGAUCUUCAUGAGAGCUCGGAGAUUCGGAUGAUCCAAACGAGCCGGAUGAAUCAUCUGUAUUUACUGAUCACCUUUGGGAUCUACUUGACACCUCUUGUCGUAUAUGGGAACAAGCGACUUUUGCCACCUUCCUCUGGACGAUGGAUGAUGGAUGGAUGAUGAUGAAUCGCUCGCUGGUCGACGCAGAGUCUCAGCUCAGAGAGAGAGAUGAGCGAUCAGCAUAUUCCUUUUGAUCAUCAAUCCGUCGUCAUCUCAUUCGUUAAACUCUUCUACAUCAUCCUCUCCCUUUCCUGACAUAUACUCAACAGUACGACAGUCCAUAGGGACAGAGCACACAGCUAAAUAGAGAGCAAGAUUUUCUCCAGAGAAGAAUGCCGACCGAGAAAGAGAUCCUCGAACGCGAGAUCGCAAAGCUGACCGGUGCCAUAGCCGGGAGUAACAACAGGAACCUCUCCCACGGACAUCCGAAGACGCACCUCAACACUAAUACCAGGAACGCCGGGCAUCCUUAUCCUUAUGCCGCAUCAACUAGCGGGCGGGGACAUGGACACGGACGGGGACGGGGACGGGGACGUGGGCGUGGGGUCGCUUUGCAGGGGAACAGGACUUAUAGACCAGGACAGAGUAGUAGAAAUACGCUGGUCGUCAAUCCUUCUCUAGAGGCUGGGUCUACUUUUUCGUCUGCGGCUUCGGCUUCGUCUGCUGCGAACCUUGGGUCUUCUUCUACUCCCUUGGGGUCUACUUCUUCUGCGUCCCCCUCGACAUCAGCAUCGGCGUCAGCAUCAGCAUCGAUACCUGUAUCGACAUCGAAAUCGACAUCGAAAGUAGAUGCCAACGCCAACGCCAACGCUACGAACAGACCUACACCUAUGGAAGAAGAAGAAGGACGAUCCAGCUGGGUUAAUAAUACGAGCAGGCAUGGCAAUAAGAGUCUGAUCAAUCCGGAGGUCUAUUUGCAACAACAGAAAGCCAGACUAGCUCAUUCUUCCCUCCUUCAAACCAAAGCUCCGCCUUCUAAUUUUAAACCUAUCACUCGCCGACCUCGAAGGAAAUACGAUACGCAGGUGGAUGAGAGGGGCAAGAGGGUCGUCGUCAUCGAUGGGACUGUUUACGAGUUUGAGGGGGACGGGAAGAAGUUGAAGAAGAUGGACGACGCAUCAACCACGACCUCGACCUCGACCUCGACCUCGAACGUGAAUGUCGAUUCCGCAAACGCAGACCAGACCGAACCGGAUAUCAUUACCCCGACCCGAUCGUCCUUCUCCAUCUCUGGGCAACAAUACGUACGGACGCGCGCGGGGAACUUGGUCAGGAGAAAGUCUAGCGGGGUGGGAUUGAACAGAAAGCUGGACGUCAACAAGAACAAGAAAAAGGCGCAACCUUGUCGGUAUUUCACGAAAACGGGCGCCUGUCAACGAGCUUCGACCUGCCCUUACGUCCACGACCCAAACAAGAUCUCGGUCUGUAGCAAGUACCUCCGUUCCACCUGCCCUCAUUCCGCAGAGACCUGCCCCGUCUCCCACGCUCCCAACCCGCACAACGCGCCCUCGUGCGUCCAUUUCCAACGGACCGGACAAUGCCGCAAUGGCAAGGACUGUAGGUACCCGCAUGUCAAGGUCAGCGAUACCGCCCCCGUCUGCCUGGAUUUCUCGACGAUCGGGUGGUGUGACGCCGGAGCGGCUUGUGGAGAGAGACACGCGUGGGAGUGUAGAGAGUAUAGCGAGACGGGCAAGUGCAAGAGGGGGAAGAAGUGUGAGUUGAUGCAUAUCUUACGGGCCAAGAGCGUUGGCGUUGGCGUUGGCGUUGGCGUCGGGAGCUCUCAGAAGGAGGGCGAGGAGCUGGCCAUGCAAAUGGACGAUGGGACGGCGUUACCUGUGGAUCUGGUCGAAGUCUUGAGAGGACGACAGGAGACGCGAGCGGGUACUACUAGGCCGUCUUCCAGCGAAGACGAAGACGAAGAGGGUAGCGACGAUGACGAUGACGAUGAUGAAGAGGACGAGGAAGAGGAUGGCGAGGUCGUCGAUACGGAAGAUGAAGAGGAAGACGUCGAUGUCAUUGCGGGUCAACAGGAUUUCAUCCAGUUUCAACGACCCCAGUCUGACGAGGAGGGGGUUGAUCAUGAUAUGGAGUGAAGUUUGAACUAGAAAGCGGAAGUGUAGUUUGUGGUAGUUUGUGGUUGGGCAUGUCGAUCUGUGUUGUCGAAUAUAUAUAUAUCUACGUAUACCAUAUAUACCCC